CCGCCCUCCGGCGUUGGGCAGAGGAGGAGAGGAGGGGACAGAGAGGCAGGGAGGUGUGUGGGAGUAGGUGUGUUGUGGAGUCGAGCGGGAUGGCGUCCGGCGCGUCGUCGUCUCCCCCGCUGCCGGUGCUCUCGCUCGCCGCGGUCGUCGUCGUCCUCCUCCUCCUCGCGGCGCGCGGCGGGGCCACGCCGCCGCACCCGCUCCGCGGCGUGCGCCCGCUCGCCUUCGACGAGGGGUACGCCCAGAUCUUCGGCAGCAGCAACCUCGCGCUCCUCCGCGACGGCCGCCGCGUCCGCCUCGCCCUCGACGAGUCCACCGGCGCCGGGUUCGCGUCGCAGGACCUGUUCCUCCACGGCUUCUUCAGCGCCGCCAUCAAGCUGCCCGCCGACUACGCCGCGGGCGUCGUCGUCGCGUUCUACCUGUCGAACGGCGACGUGUACGAGAAGACCCACGACGAGCUGGACUUCGAGUUCCUGGGCAACGUGCGGGGGCGCGAGUGGCGGGUGCAGACCAACGUCUACGGCAACGGCAGCACCCACGCCGGCCGGGAGGAGCGCUACGACCUCCCCUUCGACCCCACCGACGACUUCCACCACUACUCCAUCCUCUGGACCAGCCAACGCAUCAUAUUCUACGUGGACGAGACCCCGAUCCGGGAGGUGGUGCGGACGGCGGCCAUGGGCGCGGCGUUCCCGUCCAAGCCCAUGUCUUUGUACGCCACCAUCUGGGACGGCUCCACCUGGGCCACGCUGGGCGGCCGGUACCGCGUCAACUACCGGUACGCGCCGUUUGUGGCCGAGUUCGCCGACCUCGUCAUCCGGGGCUGCGCCGGCGACCCCGCCGAGCGCGACCCCCACUCGGCGGCCGCGGCGGCGUGCGAGGCGCGCGCCGGGCUGGAGGCCCUCGCCGUGCCCGCGGAGCGGCGCGCGGCCAUGGCGGCGUUCCGGCGCGCCCACACCUCCUACUCCUACUGCCACGACCGGCGGCGGUACCCCGUGGCCCUGGCGGAGUGCGGCGCGGCGGCGCUCCUCCCGGGCCGCAUGUUCGGCCCCGACGGCAUGAGGCAACACGGCCGGCGCGCCCGCCGCGGCGGUCGCCGCGUCGGCGCCCAGGACGACGCCAUGUGAUGGAUCGAUCGAUCUCCCGGCUCAAUCUCCGAUUCUUAAGGCUGGCUGUAUAAAGGCAGAGCUGGGCAGGCGGCGGGCGGGCGGGCGUGAUUGCUUGCGGUGGGAUUGGGAUUGGAGCGAGUCGUCUUCCUCGGCUUGCGUUGUGGUUGUACGGUACCGGGUACCCCCGGCCUGCUCUCUGCCCCCAUUCGCCAUUAGAGUAGCUCUCGUGUUUAUUGCCGCGCUGGACCAUUUCCUUGCCGAUGCCAGCGCCACAGCCAUUGAUGAAGAAAAAGCUACUGCUCAUUCGAGGCUCGAUCCUCUGAUGUUUA